UCAUCCGAUAAACACACAGUCACACACACGCGCAUAUAUACACUCUUUUUUGUAUCUAUAACCUAAUCAAUUUCAUCCUCCUAUUAUCCGGCAAUGGAAUCAAACUGCGAAACAGUGACGUUGACACCGUCAAAGUCAAAGCUAUCAAAUCAGUCAAAAUUAACAGAAAACACAAACCCUAACGUUGUAAGCCCUAAUCCAAAGAAAACCGAGAAAUCCGAAACAAAGAAAUCGAUCUGUUCGACUUCGCCAAAGCAGAAGAUUCGAGAAAGGAAGUUUGUUGUUGUUGCGAAAAAGAAGAAAAAUUCAAAAGUAGAAAAUGAUGUUAACAAUAAUAAUAAAAAUAAUAAUAAUAAUGAUAAAACCUUAAUUUCUGCUUAUGAGUCACUUAGGGCUUCACAGGAAGAUUUUUUUAGGGUUAUAAAUUUUAGUAAUAAAAAUGAUGAUCAAGUGGAAGGAUCAAACCCUAAUGUAGCGGUAUCGAAUGCCGACGAUGACGAGAAAGAAGUCGGUGUUGAGGUGAGUGGUGAGAAGAGGAAGAGUAUACCGGAACCGGGGUCUGGGAGAGUGAAGGAUUUGGUUAAGGCGUUUGAGAAUAAGCUUACUUUGCCGAAAACGGAUGAUGAAAAAGAGGAGGAGGAUGAGGUGAAAAGGGAUUCGAGCUGGGAGAUGUCGUCGGUUUCUUUUUGUGCAUCGGAUCUUUUACUAACUGCGGAGAAUUUGGGGUUGGGUUCUCGGGUUUCUUCUUCGUUGGAUGGCAGUAAUGGGAGGAUUACGAGUAUUGGAGGCGGCAGACAAAUUAGAAGAAAUAAUUCUGAAUUAGCUUCAAGUUUAGGUGGUGGUAAAUGGAAAAGGAGGACGGUUAGGUCUACUUCCCUGCAGCCGUUCAAGCUCAGAACAGAGCAAAGGGGAAGAUCAAAGCAAGAAGAGUUCAUGAAGAAAGUCCAGGAGAUGAUGAUCGAGCAGGAAAAGCAGCGGAUUCCUGUUGCUCAAGGCUUACCAUAUACAACAGAUGAACCAGAGUGCCUGGUGAAACCACCUGUGAAAGAAAGUACAAGACCAGUUGAUUUGGUAUUGCAUAGUGAUGUGAGAGCUGUGGAGCGUGCUGAGUUUGAUCAACAGGUGCAAGAAAAGCUUUCUUUUAUUGAACAAUACAAGCUGGAAAGAGAAAGGCAGCAGAAGUUACUAGAAGAGGAAGAACUGAGGAGACUAAGGAAGGAACUUGUACCAAAGGCUCAACCCAUGCCUUACUUUGAUAGACCUUUCAUUCCAAGAAGGUCGGAAAGGCAACCUACCAUACCAAAAGAGCCAAGGUUUCACAACCCACAGCAUAAGAAGUUCCGGUGCUGCAUGUCUUGGAGUGACAUGUCUGCUUGCCAGCAUCACUGACUCUCUCUUCUUAUUCCCUUUCUGUUCACUCUUUUCGUAUUGGAAUUCUGUGUAUAUGUUGCAAUUAAACUGAUUGCAUUUUUGGGCGAACAAUGUUGAUUUGUUUACACAUGAACAUGUUUUGUCUCAUUCUAUAAUAAAAUUCCUAUUUCUUUA